AUGCUGGCCUGGCCUUUGCAGACUGGCGGGUAUGAUCUCAACCUCUUCACCAGCCCUCCUGACUGCAACUUCCUGUGCUCCGUCUGCCACGGGGUUCUCAAGAGGCCAGUAAGGUUGCCAUGCAGCCACAUCUUCUGCAAAAAGUGCAUCCUCCGGUGGCUAGCCAGACAAAAGACCUGUCCGUGCUGCAGGGUAGAGGUGAGGAGGAGGAAGAUGGUCCAUGUGAAUAAACUCCAGAGAACCAUUGGCCGCCUAGAAGUCAAGUGCAAGAACGCAGAGGCUGGCUGCUUGGUGACCUGCCCUCUAGCCCAUCGCAAGGGGCACCAGGACUCAUGCCCAUUUGAGCUAAUGGCCUGCCCCAACGAGGGCUGCACUGCACGGGUGCUGCGUGGGACCCUGGCCGAGCACCAGCGACAGUGCCAGCAAGGUGCCCAGCAGCGUUGUCCCCUGGGCUGUGGUGCCACCCUGGGCCCUGUAGAGCGUGUGCAGCACAACUGCUACCGCGAGCUGCGCGACGCCUGGAGCGAGCGCCAGCAGCGCAGCCGGCCCCUGUUGCUUUGCGUGCUGCGACAUGUGCGCCAGGUGCACCGCGCCACCAACCUCAUCCGCGGGCAGCUGGCCCAGCUCGGCAACUUCCUGGAGGAGGACGAUGCCUUGCUCCUGGGCGCCCCGCAGGAGGAGGCCGAGGCCACCCCCGAAGGCAAUAUUGGGGCUGAGGAGUCGGGGGCCCAGGGCCACAGUGCCUUGUAAAUAGAGAAUAAACGCGGAGCCCAGGCCUGGCCCGCCUCGCCACCUCUGUGCCUGCUGGUCUUACUCUGCCACAUUUGCCGCCGCCUCCCCUUGUGACCCAUCCAGGUACUCCCUUCUCCAGCCAGGGACACUUUGAAAGCCUCUCUUCCUCGGACUCUUGAGUUCUUUCCCAUCACUGGGUCUUUGCUCUUCUCUUCCCCCUGCCUGGAAAGCUCUUCCAUUUGCCUGCUUUCUCCUUUUCACUCAAACGUCUCUCCUCCUGUUAGAGGUUUUCCCCAACCAUCCUC